AUGUCAAAUAGCCAUGAAACUGGAACUGGAACAACAAAGGGUACAUAUACACAUCAUCAGUCUUUUGUUGCCACGUCACAUUAUCCUAGUCAGCAUAAUACUAAUUUAACUCAAGCUAUGGAUAAUCUCAAACUCUCAAGUAGUAGCAUAGAUCGUCCUCUUACACCUGGAAAAUGGCACCCUCUUAUGGGACAGGAUAUUAGCACAUGGUCAACUUCUGUAGGUAGAUCUGCUGCUAUAGUGAGUAAUGUGAGUGUGGAAAUUCUAGUACCCCAAACUGUCAUUGCUUUGGUUUAUGGGGAGAAUGGAAGCAACCUCACUCGUUUAAGACAUAUUUCAAGUGCAAAAGUGGUAGUGCAUGAGCCACGUUCAGGAACAAAUGAUCACAUUGUGCUUAUUUCGGAGAGAGCAGAGUCUCUUGCACGAGCAGUUUCAGGGGAGGCUUUGCCUAUCGAACAAUUGGAUGCAUAUUGCCCUGAAAAUGGAAUAAUUCUUGCAAAUUGCUCUGCUAUUGGCAUGGAACCAGAUGUACACCUGACACCAGUUUCCAAGGAGAACUUGAGAUCAUAUGAUCUUGUAUUUGAUGCGGUUUAUACACCUAGAAACACACACAGCUAUUGCAAGAGGUUGUAG